AUGUGGCCUCAAGGGGCCAUCUUUGUGGCCCUGCCCCUCCUGGGGCCCAUCGUGGUCUGGCUCCUCGCCCCGCAUAGGAUGUCUGGUUGGUGUGACCACCUGAGGAAACUGCCCUGGUGCCCACCCUACAAAAUCUUGCUGCUCGUGUGGACAGCCAUAUACUCCAUCAUGGGCUAUGCCUCCUACCUGGUGUGGAAGGACCUCGGAGGGGGCUUCGGGCGGCACCUGACCCUGCCUCUCGGCCUCUAUGCUGUGCAGCUCGCCAUCAGCUGGACCGCCCUGACCCUCUUUUUUGCAGCCUACUCCCCUGGUCUGUGA